CGCAGACACUCAGAGACCUUUGUCACUUUCAGGAUGAGGUUUGAGGCUCUUAUCCUCCUCCUGUGUCUGUCCCACACAGCAGCAGCAGACAGAGAGGCGGUGGAGGUGGCCGAACAGCUGAUCGUCCAGCCUGAUGUCUGGGCAGAGGUGAGAGCGCUCAGAGACCUGGUGGUGGAUCAGAGAGCAGAGCUGAACGUCCUGAAGACCAGACUGACAUCCACCGAGAAUGAGCUGCAGACAAUCAGGACAAACACAGAGAGCUCAAAGGUGGCGUUCAGCGCUGCUCUGACUGAUUCAGGACUGCUGGGACCCUUCAACACCGACACCACCAUCGUCUACUCCAAUGUCUUCACCAACAUUGGCAAGGCCUACAACCCUGUCACAGGUAUCUUCACAGCCCCAGUCAAAGGAGUCUACUACUUCAGAUUCACCGGUAUGGACUACCGCUCCGCGGUGCACAUGGGUGCAGCUUUAUAUAAAAACAAUCAGAGAAUUAUGCUGACCUAUGAAAUCAAUGUUAAUAAUGGAUAUUUUGAACACAUGUCAAAUGGAGUGACUUUGGAGCUGGAGAAAGGCGAUGUCGUCUUCCUGCGUCUGCCCGCAAACAAAGGACUUUACGACAACAACGAGAGCCACAACACUUUCAGCGGCUUCCUGCUUUUCACUUUGUAAUCAACCAUUAAUGACACAUCGUGUUACAAUAUUAAACAAUCUGGCUCAUUUCAAGGCUUCGUGAUUUAUUCAUGAUCCACAGAUGAUCAUUCCAGAUUACUUUUCAUUUAGGACCAUUUUCACUUUUAUCCCAGCAUCUACUACAUGAGUUUCCCCUAGGGUAUAAAGUAAGUAAGUAUCUAUCUAUCUAUCUAUCUAUCUAUCUAUCUAUCUAUCUAUCUAUCUAUCUAUCUAUCUAUCGGAUCAACUCAAAAUGUGGUUCUGAUGUUCUUGAAUCUCUGAUGUUUCUUCAAGGAUCCCUUGACUUUACCUUAUUUUUAGUUAUCACGAUAGUUCAUGAUUGGACAUUAUGUAAGAUAAUAUGUUAAUGUCACAUAGCAUGCUAACACUAAUGUUCACAUUAAGCAUUCAUGUCAUCGAUCAACUCAGGAUGGCUGUGGACUGUGUUGGUCAUGUUCUUUGGUACAAUGAAACCUCAACUAACUUUAGCCUUAAGUUACAGUUUCACCAAGUAAUGUUAGCUAGUUACUAUUUUUUGCCUUAAGUUACAGUUUAGCUAAUUAAUGUUGGCUAGUUUCUAACUUUACAGUUUAACUAACUAAUGUUAGUGUCUGACUUGAGCCUUAACUUACAGGUUAGCUAACUAAUAUUAGCUAGUUUCUAUCUUUUGCCUUAAAUUAAAGUUUAGUGAACUAAUGUUUGGUAGUUUUUAUAUUAAGCCUAAAGUUACAGCUUACCUCAAUAAUGUUAGCUUAAGUUUCAAACCCAAGCCUAAUGUUAGCUAGCUGAUCGCACACCCUUUCAUUUCCAGUGUUAGCUUGUUAUUUCAUUGCCAAUAUAAAAUGUCAUAUAUGAUCUAAUGUUAGCAAACACUGGUGCUCAGUCACAAUGGAGGAUAAGUUGUUGUAAAGACACGUGUUGACAUCAAUAUAAAGUUUAUUAUUUUA